GAGAGAGAGAGAGAGAGAGGGAGAGAGAGAGAGAGAGAGAGAGAGGGAGAGAGAGAGAGGAGGAGGAGAGGAGGAAGGAAGAUGAUGAUGGGAGCGAAUCCUCCUGCACACAAGUGACCCAUAUCUUCCAGUGGAGCCACAUUAUCCUUGUCUCUCAUUCUUGUUACUCAUUGGACUCGGGGGCUUGUCUCUGCAGCGGGAUGUCGGCGUCGGCGAUAUUCAUCCUCGACCUGAAGGGAAAGGUGCUGAUCUGCCGUAACUACAUGGGGGACAUGGACAUGAACGAGAUCGACCACUUCAUGCCCAUCCUGAUGAAGCGGGAGGAGGAGGCGGAGAUGACGCCGCUGGUCUGCCAUGGCUCUUCACACUUCCUGUGGAUCAAACACAACAACCUUUACAUGGUGGCAAUGACCAAGAAGAACGCCAACGCUGCCCUUGUCUUCUCCUUUCUUUAUAAAAUAAUCCAGGUGUUUAGAGAGUACUUCAAGGAGCUCGAGGAGGAGAGCAUCCGUGACAACUUUGUGACUGUGUACGAGCUGAUGGACGAGGUGAUGGACUUCGGCUUCCCUCAGACAACUGACAGCAAGAUCCUACAAGAGUACAUCACCCAGCAGGGUCACAAAUUGGAGGUCGGGGCUCCCAGACCGCCGGCCACCGUCACCAACGCCGUGUCUUGGAGGUCGGAGGGCAUCAGGUACAGGAAGAACGAAGUCUUCAUGGACGUCAUCGAGUCCGUGAAUCUACUGGUGAGUGCCAAUGGCAGCGUCCUGCGCAGUGAAAUAUUGGGCACCAUUAAGCUCAAAGUCGUCCUGUCGGGGAUGCCGGAACUCCGACUGGGCCUCAAUGACAAAGUGCUGUUCGAGAUCACAGGCAGAGAGAAGAGCAAGACAGUGGAGCUGGAGGACGUGAAGUUUCAUCAGUGUGUCCGCCUGUCUCGCUUCGAGAACGACCGCACCAUCUCUUUCAUCCCACCCGACGGCGAGAGCGAGCUCAUGUCCUACCGCCUCAACACGACAGUGAAGCCUCUCAUAUGGAUCGAGAGCGUGAUUGAGAAGUUCUCUCACAGCCGUGUGGAGAUCAAGGUGAAGGCUCGGAGCAACUUCAAGUGUCGGUCCACUGCCAACAACGUGGCCAUCAUGGUGCCAGUGCCCAGCGACGCCGACUCACCCAAGUUCAAGACCAGCACAGGCAGCGCCAAGUGGGUGCCCGAGAAGAGCGCGGUGCAGUGGAACAUCAAGUCGUUCCCGGGUGGUAAAGAGUAUAUCAUGCGGGCACACUUUGGGCUACCCAGCGUGGAGAGCGAGGAGCUGGAGGGGAAGAGGCCGAUCACAGUCAACUUCGAGAUCCCUUACUUCACUGUUUCUGGAAUUCAGGUACGAUACCUAAAGAUCAUAGAGAAGAGCGGUUACCAUGCGUUACCAUGGGUGCGCUACAUUACACAAAGUGGAGAUUACCAGCUCCGGACAAACUAAAGGGCACAGAUGCUGCUAGACGAAUGGAUCUCCUCUCCUCUCCCCUCGGCUUCUCCAGCUCCACGUCUCUAAUGGAUGGCAGAGGACAAGUGCAGGAGGACACUUGAAAUUUUUACCCAGUACGAGCGGAAACAAGACAUCAUCCCUUCCUACGAACUCCGCUCGGAUGGGAAAGGCUGUUGCAUCACCUCUGACCUGUGAUUCUUUUUUUUAAAGGUUCCUCAGGACUCAAAUGAAAAUGUUUGAAUAAUGAACUGAUGAACUUCGUGACCCUGUCUGGUUCUGGCAAGCUCUCAUUUCCUCCGUUUCGAUGUGAGAUCCCACGAAUUUUGAGAGAAUAAUAUGGGGAACCAACUAUUAUUUUUGAAUCUAUUUUUUUUCUCAUGAAUAAAAAAAACGUGCUCAAAUACAGAAGUGAAUGAGAGCAUUUCUAUUUUGAGUUAUCUUGUUUUCCCACCAAAGCGCUCUACUGUGUAACAUGCAAACCAACACAUUAUAUAGCGCCAGGUUUCAGUAACUAUGAUGGUUAUGAUGGUAUGAUUAUUUUUUUUUAAAGGGCCAUAAUGUUGCAGAUUGGGAAUGUUUUUUUUGUUUUUUUUUAAUUUGCCGUUUACCUUAUUCAGGAUCUUUCUGUUUGGUAAAAACUACAUGUUCAAUCGAGCAUUUUUAACCACUACACAACAUCUUGGCACGUCCGCCUGCACCUUAAGCUAUAAGGGUUUUUAUUUGUGAUAUGUUUUGUCCUUAAUAUCCGCUUUACUACCCGCUCAUCUGUUAAUCUUCAACGCUCUCAUAGGGGAAACAUAUUCUGCCGAAACCUCCAUAUUAUACAUUCAUUGCCUUAAAAAAAAAUUGCCUAUGUAUCAUCACCUUUAGCACUGUGAACAUAAUCCCCAGUGCACUGAAACUAAUACCAGCGUCCGGAUCAAUGAUUAAUAAGGCACGAUAUUGUCAGAAGCGUUGGCGGUGAAACAUAAUAUUGUCGACACUCUCCCGUGGGGCCUGUAACCUUGUCCUUGUGUCGCAAUCAGCUCGCUGCUAUGAGGAAGAGACCGAAUGAACACAGUGCAGACGUUUUUGUCAUAUGGUUGUCUGUCGUUUAUACCAUACUAGUUAUUCUCCUGUGGAAAAUGCACUGAAGGGUAAGAAAUGGGAGUUCAGGAAGGGGAAUAGGACAGAGGUAAAAUAAACAGAAGGGAUAGUUGUUUUUUUCUUUGCAGAAUCUCAGAAUAUUGACAAUAUGUUGUGGUAAUCUUUUUUUUUUUCAUUACUCUUUCUUUUAUUUUUUUUAUACGUCGACCUUUGCAGACCUCUAUCCUCCUUCGAAGCAGUUUGCGGUGUAAUUCCCUCCCUCCGUCGUGCGUGCAUUGCACCACAUCAGUUUAGCUGCGCUGCCAAAAGCACAGACGAGAGUCCUGAGUCAUUACGAUGCACCACUGCCAUCAAGAGCGAAAUAACCUCCUCUUAUAAUCAGUCCAUUAUCUUGUGUGAGGGCGUGUUUCAGAAACCAAUGAGGAUUUUUUUUUUUUAAACAAACAGUGUUUUGGUGUGUUUUCAUUAAUUUAUCGUACUACUGUUUGUCCAUGGGAAACAAAGGGAUAUAUUUGGAAAUAAACUAUUCUUUUGUAUCAUC